AUGGCAAAUUUAGCCUUUGAUUCGCCUGUUACUUUAGUUAUAAAGACUCCAAACCAAAAAAUUGACGAUUUAAGAAUUGAUUGUGCCUUGGAAUGGUCAGUGGAACAACUAAAAAAGCAUCUUUCGAGCGUGUAUCCAACCCAACCGGUAAGGAAUUGACUUCCGUUUGUGAUGGAAUCGUUUUGUUUCUAAUUAGAUAGAUAAAGUUUAUACUGAUUUCGUUGGUUCUGUAUUCAAGGAAAGCCAACAUCAGAGGAUCAUUUAUUCGGGACAGCUACUGAACGAUAAUUUAAUCCUUAAAGAUGUGUUCAGAGAGGUGAGCAACUGGAAUUUGUGCGCGGGUAUGAAGCGUCUAUGUUUAUCGAUGCAUAGAAAGCCAUACAUUUUAUCCCCAUCGCUGAUACUUUCUUUCAACUGUAUUCAGCAUCAGCCCGCAUACACGGCCAAAAUAGAUAGAUUUGAGUGGAUUAUUAUUGUUUAACGUGAGAUGCACAGAGAACUCCCACUAUGUGCAUCGAAAACUGUCUUUGCUUCUACCUACGAACGUGACAAUACAUAAAUUACAAAGCAUGUCGUGAAUUUUUCUUGCACAGCUGUCUUCCUUUAAACAAUGGAUCUUUCUCUUAUUUUACCGUCCUAUUUCCCCAUUCAGUUUUCUCGUUGAUUCGUUUGUCUCGGGCAAGGGGAAUUUAUGAACUGUAGAAACCUCGUUGAAAUAUGUCAGCCAAUGAUAUGGAUGUAAAUUAAAAUUCUAUAUCUAUUACAUAACUGAAUACAGCACCAAAUUGACUGAAAAAAUGGGUUACAAUUGAAUUGCAACGGUGUUUUAUCAUUUUCAUGAAACGCAAACAACUCAUUCAUACUCGUGUAUAUGUUUUAACAAUAAUUAAAUUUAUUUAUUUUUGCCUUUUCUUGUGCUACUUUCACUUUUGCUUAAAUUGAAAGGAAAUCCCAGACCUUCACCUUUCAAAUGAAUCUUAUGGAUCCUCUGGUUGGAAAUUUCACACAUUUCACAGCACACAUUUAAGUUAAAAAAAGAGGAAAAUUCUGAUAAUUUAUUUUGUACUAAACUCCACUGAAACGUUCCACACGGUAUGCUAAGUCCAUAAUGUUAAAGGUGUAUCACAACAACCAGUCUAUACAUUAGUUUCCAGUUAUUCUAUGGAAAGAGAUAACAUUACUACUUGAGUAUUCAUAGUUCUAUGCAUCUCUUUUACAAUUAUUGUGCCACCUUUAAAAAUCUUUCCUCUCACUAAUGUGCAUCUAAAUACAAGAUGCAACUGAGGGUUUGCAAAACAUUCAAGAAUUCUCCUUGCCCCCAGUGCAAGAAGAUGAGCCUCUGCAAAUACAGAAAAUUGAAAAUAAAUUGAAAAUCGAAAAUAAAUAUUAUGUGUCAAAAUUUGUGCAGAUCUAAAGCUUCAUAAAGGUGUUUAUAGAUUUCUAUCUGAACACUCCUAUUGGCAAACAAGAGCAUGCAUACACUGUAGUAUCUUAUUUUUACUCAUUUUAUACACAGAAAAUAUAAAUUUUUGCCUGGGAGAAUUAUUGUACUGUUUCCAGUAAAAAUAAUCAAAAGUUAUUUUUGUCAUCUAAAACAGCAUGUAGAUGGGAAACAACAUACUGUUCAUCUUGUAUGCCCAAUGAAAUCAGAAACACAGUCUACCACUGAUUCUAAGGGAAAGGUAAGAGUGUGCUGAAUUUACUUGACUUGUCUCACAUGUGCACUUAUGUUUAAAAUAAUUUGUUUUUAUUGUUAUUUCAGAAUGAACCUAGUGCACCUACAACAAAUGCCAACACCUCGACUGAGAUGCCAUCCACAGCGCCAACUACUUCACAGAUAGCCAGUGAUGGACUCAGAUACAGGGGAGCCAAUACACCAACAUAUCCACCAUUUAACAUGUUCCAGUAAGUGUUUUACUUUUAUGUCUGACUUGCUAAAUUAUCAUCAUCUUAAGACAUCACUUUAUUACUUGUAGCAUAGCUUGUGUCCUACAGAUGUUAAUUCUAUCAGUAAGUCUUUUGUUGUAGAAAUGUUUCCAAAGGAAUAGUGCAUUGCAAAUUACCUCUAUAGUGUACACUUCAUUUCCUUCUUCAGGGGAAACUAAUUGGCUCUCUGCUAGUAUACAUGUAGGUAAAUAUAUGACUAGAGAGUUUUCAUUCCAGGACUCUUUUGGAAGCUACUCAAUGUAUAUGUUAAAUUGAAGCAUUGUGAUACUGGGUUUACUUACCAAGGUUCGAAACAUUCACUGCACCUUUUUUUGGGUGAUUCAUUUUCAACUGCUUUAUGUUUUUAUCAUACUCACUUAAUAAUAAUUUUUGUUCAGUUGGAAUCUUUCUUAAUUACUUUUCCUCAUCCUACAGCCAGCAGAUGGCAAAUGCUGCAUACAACCUUCCUGCCCAGGGACUUGGCUAUGCAGUGCCACCUUUUGUUCCACCCCCUUACUGGAUGCAGCAGAUGUUUGCACAGCAUAUGGCUGCCGGAAGGAUACCCCAGCCAAAUAUGUACAUGCCAGCCAAUUAGUAAGUGUCUUCUUCCAUGUGUUACAAAAAGUGCUGUUUGCUGGCAAGUAUGUUUAUCUAGAAAUUCUUCAAGUUGUCAUGAAGAAUUGAAUUUAGUAGGAGAAUGAUUGGAGGAAGAGUACACUGGGAAGAGUUUCCCUGCAUUUUGUAACUGGAAGCAGCCAUCAUUGUAUACCUCCUGCAGAAAUUUACAGCUUGCAAAAACCUUAACCCAUCCCUUUUUAACCCUUUAACUCCCAGAUCAAAUUUGUUAUUCUCCUUGCUGUCAACCAUACAAUUCUUAUAAUGUUAGUUCAGAGAAUCUAGUAUUGGAUCAACUAAUUAUCCCCAAAUUGCUAUUUUUCUUUAUUCUCGUCAAAGGGUUAAGAACAACCAAAAAGAAAUUUCUUUUUUACAAUAUCAACACAAUAGUCUGAAAGAAGGUUAGGAAGAGAAAGAAAAAUGUUGAAUAGGGAAUACUAUUGGAUUUGAAGUAAAUUAUUAGUGCUAAAACUAUGAGAAAUGUGUAGUUGACAGUGUGGAUAAUGGAUAACAAGGUCUUAGUGGUGAAAGGAUUUAGGAAGCCUGUGAUAGUUAUUUCCAGCCUAUGACAUUUUUUGACAACCCUGCCUAUAACAUCCUGUAUUUCUUUAAGUAACUGCCUGGGUGCCUUUAUGGCUGAAAGAAGGGGUGCUUGUUGGAAGAAGGGCAUGUACUGAUUUUGUUGUAGUUGUAACUUAAAAAGUUAUAAGUUUUGAGGCAUUAGAAACAGGUUGUAUCCCUACAACAUUGUAUUUAAGAAAGUGAGAGAGGAGGAAGGGGGGGGGGGGGAAGGGGGCACUUACUGUACUUGAGAGGGGCACUUUUUUGACUUAAUGGCAAGGGAAUGGGUACUUGAUUGGAGAAGAGUGCUUAUGAGAAUAAACAAUAAUUUCCAGCUUACAACUUACUAAAGCAAAAAGGAACCAUAAAUUAUCAUGUGAUAUAAAAUUAUGGUAUAUUAGACUUGAUCUGCUGACCUUUGGCCAAACCUAUGCAUAUGUAUGUUGAAAGUGGUUACUAACUAAUACACAUACCUGUACUUUGACAACCUGUUUGGUUUUCUUUGUGUUAUAAGAAAAAUGUGAGUCAAUGCUGAUGCCACAUUGCUUUUCUUUCUGCAGUGGCUAUCCACAAAUGCCCUACCCUUGGUUCCCUCAGGCUGGGAAUGUCCCUGCACCACAAGUACCAUUGGCCAACCCACCAGCCCUUCAUGUACCGCAGACCCCACCACCCCAGCAACCUGCAGCACAACCACAGGCACCCCAACCACAAGGGAAUGAAAAUGCUCAAGGAAAUGCCAAUGCAGGACCUCUAUUCAAUGAUGAGGAUGAUGAUGAAGAAAAUCCUAACCGUGAUUGGCUAGAUAAGAUUUACACUUUGUGUCGAGUUGGAAUCCUCCUGAGCAUUUUUUGGUUUUAUUCAUCCACAACUCGUUUUCUGGUGCUGAUAUUGACCUUUGUUCUCAUCUAUCUGUACCAAUCAGGGGUGUUUGCUAUCUUCAGAAGAGGUAAAUUUUGACAAUAAACAGUUCAUCUUCAUUACACAAUCCAUUGGAAGUAUGUUAUCUUUGAUCCCUGUACACAAUGGAUAUAUCUCUGCAUGUGCAGCUACAGUGAAACAACUUUCUCUUCAGCUUUUCAAGUCUUAAACUCCCACACUCUUUAUACACACACUUUAUAAGUUCAUGUAUUGUGCAAGGUGCACAAUUAUUGAAUAAUGAUGUAACUUACUUAAUUUCACGAUAAUGAUCAAUUAAUUUCCUGGUGAAUUGCUUUUCUAGGCAAUAAUCGUCAAGAAAUUCCCAUGCCAGCUCCUGCACCACCCCCACAGCCAGAGCAACAGGCAGAACAAAGACAGGGUGAAAAUGUAUGUACAUCUACAUGUAAUGUGUAUGGUCUCUUCUGGAGCUGUUUGGUUUUUUUACGUCAUUUACUUAUUUUGUCUAUUUAUGUGACAUAAUUAUUUUGCUGUUACCACCCUAUAAGAGGUGGUUAUAAUACUGAAAUACUCAAGAGCAAAACUCUUUUUUUGCUUAGUUUAAUUAUGAAUCCAAAAUUAUUAUUUUGCCCCUCAGUAAUUAUUGUGGAAUCAUUCUUUUGAUACUAUUUUUGCAUCUAUUCUACAAGAUUCAUUUUGCAUUUGGUUAACAACAAUAAUAAAUGUAUCACAAUUUGUAUCUGUUGUUGUGGGAAUAAGGCUAUUUUCAUAAUGUUUUGUUGUUGUUAUGUUUCCUAUCCAGGCCCCAGACAGUCCUCAGGGAGAUGUUACUGAUAAUGCUCCACAAAACACAGAAGAAAAUGGGCUUGGAAAUGGGGAUGAGACUACUGCUACACCCGCUCUACCUACCCCUCCCCCAGGACCAUCAGCUGCAACUGUUGCCUUCAACUUUGUCACUUCCUUCUUUACAUCACUGUUCCCAAAUACACCUGCUGUGCAGAAUUAAUGUAUUCAAAUUACUGUUAUUGAGAAAUAGUCUUAAUGUCUACUUUUAACCUUGCAAUGGACCAUUGUCAGAGGACUCUUAGUGAGAAAUUUCUGUGAAAGUGAAGAAGAUACUACAAGUAUUUAUGUCACAUCCUGGUGGCCAAGACGAGGUUUAGAUGGCAGGGCAAUGAUUAUAUAAAUGUAAGAUAUAAAAACGCCAAUAAGAGAGGUAAAAAAAUAUUAGAGAUAUUUUUAUACAUGCCAACAUAAGUGACUAUGCCUAAAUAUAUCUGGAUUUAAUUGUCAUUAAAUUGACAAGUUAAUUCUCCUACAUAGCUAUUUAGGCCUUAAUGUACAGUUAAUUACUCAUAAUCUUUCCAAAAAAUGCUACAUUUUCUCGUGGUGAUAAAUGUUCUUUUGAUAUUGCAACAUGUUAUAAUGAGGGUAUCAGAAGCUAUAGGGAUUUGAGGGGAAGGGGGGGAACAGAAAAUUUUUCACCAGCCCCAAGCUAGUAGAAAUGGAGGAAACCCUUGAAAAUCAGGGGUGCACGUAGUUAAAUUUUUGUUGCACUGUUGCGAUUUCUCAUAAAAUUUUUCUUUGCUUGUUGAUGCAUUUAGCUGGGACAGAUGAAUUGGUCUUAGCCCAGUUCGUUUACAUUUAAUAGCCCAAGAAAGAUAAAGGGAAUGACAAGUUUUAUUUAACUUAAUGUAAGGCUUUCUAGGUAUCUGUUUUGAAAGUUGGCACAAACUGUAAUUAGAGACUCUACGGAUGUGUUUUGCUAGAAUGCCUUUCAUAUUCUUUAAUUUACACUCAGGGAAUUUCGUUUGAAUCACAAAAUUUGUCAGUAGACGAUACAGGAGAACAUUUUAUUUAAGAUUCCAAGAGGUACCAUUUCCAGAUUGUGAUGUUUCAGUUAGCUUGCACUCCUGAAUGCUACUUACUAGUACAUAAAGAGUGUCAAACAAACCCUGAAGAAAUGCAAUAUGCUAAUUACUGUUUGAGAAUAUUUCCGUGCGAUGUUUUAGAAGCAAUUUUGUAGUAUAAGAACUUCUGUACAAAUGAAAAUAGUUGUAAUGAAUAUUAAUUUUCCCUUUGCUAUGAUGGGUGGUUGAGUU